AUGUCGGCCGGCGACCUCUCCCUCCAACCCCCCAUCGACGGCAUCUCUUCAGUCAGCUGGUCUCUCGACUCCCAGCGGCUGCUCGUAUCUUCCUGGGACGGCUCAAUACAACUACACGACCUCUCAGGACCUCCCCAACCGCCCAGAAUCUUUUCUGAAAAGUCUGCCGUCCUGACCGCUUGCUUUGGUUCCACCUCGAAUAUCGGAUACUCUGCCGGCCUUGACAGGAGGAUCAGGCGAUGGGAUUUCGAUACUGGCCUCGUCCAGGUCUUGGGAAAGCACGACGAUGCUGUUCAAAGCAUAGUCUGGUGUGCUGAACACCACGUCCUCGUCUCUUCUUCCUGGGACUCUACCAUCAAAGUCUGGGACACCACCCUCCCCAACCCCCUCAAAUCGACUCAAACGCUCCCCGCUCGCGCAUACAACCUCGCCUACGCCCCUCUCUCCAACCGCCUCCUCGUCUCCAUGUCCAAACGUCACGUCUGGGUUUACGAUGCGGCCAAGCUUGCGGCUGCGACAGAGCAGAUUGCGGCGAGCCAGGAGAGGGAGAGUGCGUUGAAGUUUAUGACUAGGAGUGUUGCGACCAUGGCGGAUGGCAAGGGAUGGGCGUCUGGAUCUUUGGAGGGAAGAAUCGCGGUCGAGUACCUCGACCCUGCCGACCAGGGCUCUAAAUACGCUUUCCGAGCGCAUCGUCAAAACAUUGACGGUGUGGACUGCGUCUAUCCCAUCAAUGCUAUUGCUUACCACCCGAUACACAACACCUUUGCAUCCGGCGGUUCCGAUGGCUUCAUUUCCAUCUGGGACCACAAUGCCAAGAAGAGGAUGAAGCUCUUCCCCAAGUACCCUGCGCCGAUUUCUGCUCUCUCAUUCAGCCCCGAUGGCACCAAGCUUGCUAUCGGCGCGAGCUACGAGCACGACAACUCGUUGACCAAGGCAGAUGAGCAAAAUACUAUCAUGUUGCUGGUAAAGAACACGGUCAUGGAAGACUGCAAGCCAAAAGCAAAGGCUUGA